AUGCUAAAGAACUUACAAAAUUCUGUCUUGCACUGCAGGUCACUGAACACUUCCACAUGGCAACUGGCACAGGACCAAGCCCAAGACACGCAACUCAUCACAGUUGAUGAAAAAUUGGACCUUACACCGUUAACUGGGGUACCAGAGGAGCAUAUUAAAACCAGGAAGGUUCACAUAUUUGUUCCAGCCCGUAAUGCCAUGCAAGCUGGUGUUAAUAACACCAAAAAAUGGAAGAUGGAAUUUGAUACAAGGGAGCGCUGGGAAAACCCUUUGAUGGGUUGGGCAUCAACAGCGGAUCCUCUGUCCAACAUGCUUCUGUCCUUUUCUACAAAAGAAGCAGCUAUUGCAUUUGCUGAAAAAAAUGGCUGGAGCUAUGAUGUUCAAGAGCGGAGGAUUCCAAAACCUAAAUCCAAGUCUUAUGGUGCAAACUUUUCUUGGAACAAAAGGACAAGGGUGUCCACAAAAUAGGUUGGCAUUGGCUGUCUCUGCGUCUGACUGUGAAUAAAGUCAGCUGUGCUGUAUUUAUAGUCCAUGUAUAAUACAUCUCUUAAUCUCCUAAUAAAUUUGACCUUUAAACUA